AGAAUUAACAUGUUACAAUGUUGCAGUUCCCUUUGUUCGUUGUGUGUUCACACCGCGACAUGUAACAGCGGAAUAAAUAUUGUACACAAACAUCACACCUGAGCAAACUGUUCUGUCAUUGGUCCCAUUGUGAUGCAGCUGUGUGCACUUUUUCUUUUUACGUAGCAGGUGCAGAGAAGCGAUAACGCGCCCUUUAUUAGCCAGCAGCAUUCCGUGCACGCUGCGCACUUCCGGGUCCGUCCUGCGGAGGAGACGCGUCGUUGUGGGCGCAGCAGCAUCCCAAGAAGGAGACGGCGGCGGCGAUGGCCGACGUACCUCUGUACCUGACUAACGUCAGCGUGUCCGUGGGGCCGAGCGUGGACGUGGAGCAGGCUCCGCACCCCGAGCCGGCUGUGCAGCCGGGGAGGCGGCAGAGGGAGAAGGUCCCCCGCAGGAUCAUCCACUUCUCCAGCGGGGAGACCAUGGAGGAGUACAGCACCGACGAGGAGGAGGGCGAGGACAGUGAGCCGGAGAGGAAAGACCUGCUGUCCUCUCCGGUUGAUGCGGCUAGGUCCAAGUUGACCUGGGGUCCAUACUUCUGGUUUCACAUGUGGAGAGCUGCCACGUCCACCAUCUCAGCCUGUGACUACCUGGGGGAGAGGAUGGCCUCCCUCUUUGGGAUAACGUCAGCCAAAUAUCAGUACGCUAUUGAUGAAUACCACAGGAUGAAGAAGGAGAGGGAGGAAGACAAAGAGGAAGACCGCCUGUCAGAAGAAGCGGAGCGAUCCUUCGACCAGCUGCCGUCUCAGGAAGACGAGGACGAGCCAAUCACCACAAAAGACCUGCUGGACGCGGCCCCCGCUCACCCUGAUGUGACCUAUCAGGUCGAGAAUGAAAAUCGGGCGUUUUCGAGCACCAUCACAGUUCCUGCUAUCGUCACGGCAACCUAACUGACUCUAAUAAUGGAAGUUUGCACUCCUAAUGUUUGUCUGUCUGUUAAAGAAGGAACACAGUCUGGUGUCACCGAGCCCCUGUUUGGUUUGUGCUGUCGAUGGCCGUGCUGCUGUGUUUUGGGUGUUUGGCGAGGACAGUCGUGGUGGAUGAGUCUCUAUGUGUAGCAGCUGGAUAUUGGAGCACCAUAGGAUCUUUGAAUAUAUGUAGUUGCGUGUUAUGAGAGAAAAUAUCCUAUUAUGUCCUAAUUUAUCUACCAAUGCAUAGUUUUGUUAACAUGUAAUUGUUUACAACAACAAAUUUACCUGCGGCUUAGUUACUUCAUCCAGCGGUUGUAAUUCAAUUAUGAACCUUUUCUGUGGAGGGAAGUUGACAUGUUGCUCCCCUGUGCCUCUGAUCGACCGUGCCUGAAUCACUGCUACAGCCGAGUCAGGGACAGUUCUGGACAAAGCAUACCAUUGCAAAACAGUUAAGAGAUCAAAACGACGACACGUUGACAUCUUCAAAUCGUUGGGGAACAGCUGUUUGGUCCAGAUCAGAUCCAACUGGUGCAUUCUUGAUACAGCUGGCUGCAUCAAAGACCUGGUCCUUCUUAAACUCCCUCACAGGUUCAUUUACGCUCUGUGUUUUCUAUCAAUGUGCAUUAAGCCUGUAUUGCACUCACUGUCUAUGUGAAAGCACUGAGCAGAUUUAGCCUUGGUUAUCAAAUCAUCUGUGGACCACCACACUGACCUUUCGUUAGAUAUAAUAAGGAGAACAGGUUGCUCUCAUCACCCGACUGGUCAAGUGGACAUAAGAAUAAAGGUUGUGGUGUGUAAGCCUUUAGUAAUGGCAGAGAGCAUUCUUACACCAAGGCUGCACAAAAACAUGCAAACUUACAUUUUUGUUACAAACUGUUUUUAGUACGAUUUUUGUAUGUUUUGAAGUAUUUAUUGGACCACUUAAUUUAGAUAUAUUUUCUAUUGAUCUGAUAAUUAACACUGUCAUGAACUAUCAAUAAAAUAGAGUAUAUAUUCUUUGUCCUUCUAUAUCACUUUUAUGCAGUGGUGUCAAAUAUGGCCCUGAAAAAUACACCAAUUUCUAUUUUCUUCAUGCAGAUGAAUGGGAAGCCACUGUUCUUGUGUUCGCAGCACCUUUCAGUAACCAACAAUUAUAAUAUUGCCAAAAUGAGACUCAUUAUGGAGGGACAAAAAAUAUAAGCAUGCAAGGCCAAAUUGAGUAGAGAGAAUGUAAAUAAACUGUUGGACGUUUGGAAGAAUCAGCAGUCUGUUUUCAGUCAUAGACAAAUCAAAGACAAGCUGCUCUUCUAUUUUUCUGAAUUGGAUUGAGUUUUUCAGAAUGUACCUAAUGGUUUUUUCACUCAAAGAGAAGUUAUAUGUCAAUCAUGCAAUGGUUUUUGGUUGAGAUCACAUUGCAGUAUGUGGUCAACGGACUAAAUGAGUACUAACUAAACCAGUGAAAAUCAAUGUAUACACGUACAGUAUUUAGUCAUGUUAAAUCUAGUAGUGAUGUUGAUGGAUUCAUAGAAAAAACUAACCACAAUCUAAAUUCACAGCUGUGAAAAUGACUCUUAAAAAAGUCUUGACACUGGUGUAAAAUCAUUAAACAGGACAUUUAUUAAAUAAUACUUGCAAUUUGGAGACAGAAUUGACACAUACAAGUUGUGCAUCAAGGCUACUCCCAAGAUCUUCUGCAGCGCAGAAAUAUAUAGCUGGAGACACAUACUAUAACAGGGGGUUCUGGGUAAAUACAAGAGCUGGUAAUCAAGCUUGUUGACAGGCUGACAAACCCUCCAGUGUUAGUGGUUGCUGAGCUCCAAUCCAUCUGGGCAUGUAAUCACUUUGCUUCCGUUUACGGAUCAUCAUCAUUCAGACAAUUAGAGAAAAGCGUCAGUGCCUCCACACCAAACACAGAAUAUGUUGGAUUCCGAUCUCACAAGGACAUCCAUUCAAACACUUUGACACAAUUUAAUUCGAUCAACCACACAGGCCUGGAUGACAUUAUACACCAUCUUAAGUCAUCCUCCUGAUGCUUAGAUAUUCUUUCCACACUCUUUUAUAUUUCAAACUGCAUGUCCACUGAUCUCUUACAAAACUGUAAACACAUCCCUCCUCCCGGGUGUCUUCCCACAAAUCCUUAUUAAAUCACUCUUAUUAAGAGCUAAGAGCUAUUAAGGCUAAUCUAGACGCCACAACAAUAAAAAAGUAUAAACCAAUAUCAAAUCUGCAUUUUUUUUCAACAGCUAAACUACUUUUUGGCCCCAAAUAACGUUUUUGCUUCCUAUAUAGAUAGUUAGGGACUAGAAUCCAAUACAGGGGUUGGGUAAAUGCAUUGAACAAAUCAACAACUGGACGUGUCAAAACUUUCUUCAAUUAAAUGAAUAUAAAACAGAAGGAUGAACGAUUGAAAGUCAGCGGUGAGCUUCGAUCACUGAUGUUAAGUUCUCAGGUCUUUUCACUGGCUUCUGGUCCAACAAAGAAUUGACUUCAAAAUGCUGUGGUUGCUUUAUAAAGCACUGAAUGGUUUAUGGUUGCUUGUUAUUAACCAGAUCUCAUCAUUAUGUGCCAGCGGCUGAAGUUUGCGCAAUAUUAUAGCAGGUAGCAGUCAAACGUCUGGACCCACCUUUUCAUUCAAAUUAAAUUGAAACGUUUGACUUGUACCGUAAAACUUUAUUUAGUCUCUGUUUCUAAAGUUAAAAUCCGGUAAAAAAGGACUUAUCACC